AUGUGCUAUUACUAUCUAGUGACGAACUACUUCCAUCCGGAGACCCUUGUACGCGGCGUCUGGUCAAUGGAUAUCUUCUCCUUCAUCGGUGGAAUUACUCCGAUUGUCACACAAAGCAUGUUCGACCUUGUUACGACCAUAUUGGCAUUCGCAUUCCCGCAAAAAAUCAUAUACGCACUCUCUGGGAUACCAGCGUGCAAAAUAUAUGGCAUCACACUUCUUGUGACCCUGCACUCCCGCCGUACCAUACGGGAGAAGGGCGUGUCCACCGCGGUUCAGAACUUCACUGCGAGCGACGUAGUCUUUGGAGUAGAUGUUCUACCGCCGCAAGAAACGCUGCCAGUCGCCCGAGGGGAUACAAGACCGCCGUCACAAAUAAGCCGGAUGCACACACGCCAUUGGCUACAGUACGGGUCCGUAAUGGGUGAUGGCCCCGACGCCAUGGAACUCAAAGCUUACGGGUCGUCGCCUCUUCCUGUGCGCGGCAUCCAAGCCUAA